ACGUUGAGAAUAGGGACACGUAUUCCACGUAUCUCUAGUUCAGUGGGCCAUAGUCAUAGACUAAAGUAAAAGUACCGUACAAGAUCAUCUUCGGACCCGGAGCGUUUUCAUGAAUUUAAUAUGAUAGUUCAGCUAUGAAUAAAUCAUCAAAAAUCAACGUUAAUGCCUCUUCAUUGGUUGGCUUGAAGGCCGAGCUUUUUAAGAAGCAGGAGCAACUAAAGAGAGACCGUCUUCAACCUGGAAGUAGUGCUUCAUCCAGUAAAAACAGACAUGGGGAAUCUAAGAAGCCAUCCAUCUGGAACAAGAAGAAUGCUGGAGUGAAACAAAGAGCGGAGAAGGACCUAGAGCAGCUGGCGAAUGAAAGAGAUGAGCUUGACAAUGCAAGGAAUAAAUUGGAAGCCAAGGCCAAGUUUUACGAGAAGAUGACAAAGGAUGGAUUCAUCCCAGAGAGUGAUUCCGAUGAAAGAUUUUUGGUUGAUUUUGAGAGGAAGGCCUUGGAUCAAAAAGAAGAAUUCAAGCGGAGAGUUGAAGAACUUGAGAGGGAAGAGGAGACAAAUGAGAAGGAAAUUUCACCACCAGCUAAUCCAGAUGAGGAAUGGGUGGACUAUACAGACACACUAGGACGCUCAAGACGCUGCAUGAGGAAGGACCUUCCCAAUCUUGUUUCUAUGGAUAAGAGACUCAAUCCUGAAGUCUACAAAGAACAAGAGAAGAAAGAAGCGGAGAAGAAGAAGGAAGAUUUGCCGGAUCUGAUGUCAAAUGACAUGUAUCGUGAGAUGCUUCGGAAGAAGUGGGAGGAGGAGGAGGAACAGGCUGCAAAAGGGCCGCUUGGCUCCACCCACUAUCAGAAUCUUAAAUAUGAUGAGGUCCGUGAUAUGGGCGUAGGGUACUUUGACUUCUCCAAGGAUCAGACCGAGAGAAAUGAUCAAAUGGAUACUUUACAACUUCUCAGAGAUGAGACCAUGGGUCAGCGGGAGAGGAGAGAAAAGCUGAAGCUGAAGAGAAAGGCCGCCAUGAAAGCCAGACUGGAGAAGAUCAAGGAAAGAAAACGACAGAAGGGAGAAGUGAUCGAGGAUGAAGAAGAGGAGGAAGAGGAGGAGGAGAAGGAAGAUAAGAGAUUGACAGAAGAAACAGAGAAGGAAUCAAAGCCAAAGGAAAGCACAGUCAGAGAGUGGGAUAUUGGAAAAGAGCCAGUAUCAGCCUGGGAGCAGAAGCUAACCAACAUAAGGGAUGAGAGACCAGUGGAGUUUGCCCCUCCAUCCAUCUACAAUGCAACUAGCCAUAAGAGAGGUCAAAAUCAACCCCCUCUAUACCCCCCGCCAAAGGACUACAACUCGACCUUCCAAAAUCCAGCCACAGAAAAGACUGUCAAGAUGCCUUUUACUCCAAGAUCAUCAGACAUUUCCCCGCCAGAUGUCCGCUAUCAGGAUUCCUCUCUUGAUGCGGGUCAUCGGAGCAAAAUGAGCUUGCCACCUCCAAGGGACUAUUCAUCGGUGUAUGGGAGAGUCAAAGAAACGACUGGGCAGAAGUCUAGCACUGCCACAUGGUCACAGUGGAACGCACCCAGUGGGUCAUUGGAUUCAAAUCAACCAUUUAAUACCGGAGGGGGGUUCGGAUGUACCGUCAGUAGAGGGACAUCAGAACGGACUACAACAGCGAAUACGCCUACAGCUACAGUUGAGUCCGUUGAUACAAGGGUUGAAGAUAGCGAGGGAGCCAUAGCUUCGGCUUUGUCAUUUUUCAGGAAAAACGCAGGAAAGUGAAUGAUCUUCUUUGCUGCUGGAUUACAGUGAGAAAAUGAAAAAAAUUGUAUUUGAAAAUUGUUAUUUUUGUUUUGCCAAUAUUCCUCAAUACCUCUAACUGCUCCAAUACUUUGAUGUAAUUUCUAAGUCUCAUCAGGAUCCAUUGAUCCAUAUAUUUCAGAUUUAUGGUGCAUGGAGUAUUGUGGUUCUUUUUUAAUUUUUUUUCAUUAUCAGUUUUUGUUAAUCAUGUAGACAACCAGAUUGUAAGAAUGAAACAAAUUCUUAAACUUUUGAGAAAAUAAUGUGCUGAACUGAUAUGCCCCCAUUUAUAUAAAACUCUUUAUUCUUGUUGCUCUUGCCUAUUUUACAUCCAUAAUCCUCAAAUAUCUUCAUUUGAUAUUUAGGAUACAUACUCCCCUUCUUGCUUCUAAUAGUCUUUAUGUUCCUUUCUAUUUCUUGUAAGGAUGUUCCACAGUUCAAAUUGCUCAAUUUCACGAUGUUUAUGUGAAAAUUUCAAACUAAUUAUUCCUAAAACUAAGCUAAGUCACUGCUAGUCCACUGAUAUCAAUGAAUGCUUCAUUCAUGUGGGCGUGGGCAUCGGACAAUCGCGCAGUUCCAGUAAUUUUGUGCGCAGAAACGUGUCUCUUAUACCCAGUAUUAUUCUGUCCUUGAUCAAGCUAUCUUGCAAAUGACUAAAGUCACAUGUUGCUCCUUUCCAGUUCAGAUCAGUCGCAAAUUUGUCAAUUGUUUCACUCGCUAUGUGUCGUUCAAUGAUCGUCAAAUUUUCUCAUGAGCGUGUCCUUGUCUUCUCCAUUGGUGAAUGUGUUGUAAAUUUGAUUGCCUCUUGGCCAGCCACAUGGAGUAAUGCGUUGACUUGCAAGGUUUUUGGUUUGUUACUUGGGCUGCUUGCAGAUUUGUCAAUCGCACAUUGUUGUUUCCAGUUCUUCCUAUUUUCGGCUGGAUGUUAGCUGCGUGGAAAAAAAAGGGUGAGAAGCGAGUUUGUCCCUCCCAAGGACAACUACGCACCCCUUAAAUGGGCAAAUGAUACCCCGUCUUAUUUCACCAACCUUCCAUAUGGGAGAUGAGAAAGUCUCGGUUCUACUAUACUUGGCGCCGAGGAGACUACAUCCUUGACCAAACCCUUUGUAAGGGUUGUCUCCAUUAAUGUACACAAGAAAAGUAGUGGACCCAAAAUUGAUCCUUGUGGAACUCGACAUGAAAUUAAUUUUGUAAUAGAAUUUCCCAUGGAAACAUACUGUUGCCUACUGCUGAGGUAGUUCCUGAACCACUCCAGGGCUAUCACUCUGAUGCCAUAAUAAUUAAGUUUGUACAGUAGUAUAUCAUGAUUUAUUGUGUCGAAAGCCUUGGAGAAAUCCAGAAAAAAAACCAACAGUAUGCUCAUAUGUGUCAAUUCUAUUGGCAAUGUUAUUAAUCAUAGUCAACAGUGCAUGCGUAGUAUUGUGUUUUUCACAGAAGCCAAACUGCGAUGGAUAAAAUAAUUCAUGUAUAUUUAUAAGCUUUGUCGUUCAUAAAAGAAAUUUGAAUCAUGGGGUUCAAAAAAAAAAAAAAUAGAAAAAAAAAAUACAAUUUUACCCUAAAUCUCCCGGGGUAUUUUCCAUUAUGGCCCCCCCCUUAAGAUCUCAGCCGCGGAUUGCGCGAUCACAACGAAAAUUUGCAUGAUGGUAGAGAAUGAUGUAAUCUACGCAGUUGCAUUGGUAUAUUUCACUGAAUUAAUUAAUUUUUAUUUUAUAUGAAUUAAUUAUGCUGAUUUAUUCAUGAAAUCAUACUUUUUGCUCUGAUUCACUAAAUAAAGCUCCUAGAAUGCUAUUUUUUGGUGAAAAUAUUCUUUAUAGCGUUCCUAACAAUUGUGAAUGAAAAAAAUUCUGGUACCAAGACCGAGUUCUUAUGUAUUUUAUUGUUUUUUUUAAAUUUCUUAUGUAUUUCUUUGUUUUUUUACUUUUUGUUUUUUAUUGUUUUUUCGAUGGAAGUCGUUCCAGACUUAAUUCUGAUCAUAAACAAGGCAAAAUUAAUUAAGUUUAAUCAGUAAAAGCAGAAAUAAUGAUACAUUUAUGAAUUUUGGCUAAAUACACAAUUUGCAUUGGAUUUGUACAUGAAAUCACGUUUAUGAGCAAUUUUGGGUCUGACAUGCACUUACAUAAUGCUGCGUAAUAUCAUAACCGCGUACCCGGGCGUCACAAAUUUGGUCUCAAAAUUUGCCCGAGACUUGAAAGUAAAAAGUCGGUUAGCGGCGAGGUCAGAAAAUUUUGCGCAGCAGAUAUAUCGCGAAAAUUGUUGAGGGGGGGGGGCCAUUAUGGCUCCCCCCCCCCCAGGAGAAUUAGGGUUAAGUUGCCCCAGGCCACUGCUAGUAUCAAGCCCUGGUAUUACUUGGAAACUUUAUGUGACAUUUCAAAUCCAGAGGAAAGCUGAUAGUUGAUACAAGAUUAAAAUGAAAAGAAAUCGGCAAUAU